CUGAAGUAUAGAAUGUUUGCCUUCAAAGUGGGCAGUGCUUUUCAACAGUGCUCACCCCUGUGCUGACGCCAGAGCCGAGCGCCCAUCCCCAUGCCUCAGAAAAUUGAGGAAAUCAAGGACUUUCUAAUCACAGCCUGGCAGAAGGAUGCCAAAACUCUCAAGAUCAAGAAGAACAAGGAUGAUGUGGAGUUCAAGGUUCGUUGUAGCGGGUACCUUUACACCCUGGUUAUCACAGACAAGGAGAAGGCAGAGAAGCUGAAGCAGCCCCUGCUCCCAGGUUUGGCAGUGAAGGAGCUGAAAUGA